UUUAUUAAAUUCAUCUACAGCGCCGCGGCAUUUUUUACGUUAGUGCAACUGGAAUUCCAUGGGACGUGGUCGAUGGCGUUAUGGGCCUUUAGUUGAACGCGCCAUUAUAGAAUAAAAUAAACAUUAGGUAUAAACAAGCCAUAUAUGACAGCGUCAAUUGAUAACAUAACAAAUAAUAUUAUUAAGCAAACAAAGAUAAAUAACAAUUAACUCAUCUGUUUUUAUGUAUAAAAUAAAAAUGAGUAAUACAGCCCCAAUAGUAAAAAAUACCAUCUACGCAGGUCAAAAAUAUGUACCUAUCGCUGAUGGGAGCAAGGUACACUUUCAUUUUCAAACAUGGAAACUGGGAAAAGAAAAAGUUCUCAUAGAUGACAGUAAGAAAAUUGGUAAAAGGGAACCAAUGGUUCUUGUAAUUGGUCAUAAAUUUAAACUUGAAGUAUGGGAGAAUAUAGUCAAAAAGAUGGCUGUUGGAGAAGUGGCAAGUUUUCAAGUUAAAAAAGAGCUGGUAUAUAGUUACCCAUUUGUAUCAAAGACUCUCCGUGAACUGGGGCAAGAACAACGUAGAAAACACACAUGUACUAUGACUCUACACACUGAAGGAAUAGGCUAUCCUGAUUUAGAUGACUUGAUAAAUAACCCUUGUGACUUAGAAUUUAUCAUAGAAGUGUUAAAAGUUGAAACAUCAAAUGAAUAUGAGAAGGAAUUAUGGCAGCUCAGUAGUGAAGAGAGACUUAAACUUGUACCAGAACUCAAGGAAAAAGGCAACAAACUGUACGGAAAAAAAUUGUAUGAUGAAGCGGAGGAUGCAUAUAGACAGGCCAUAUCGAUUUGUGAACAACUAAUGAUUAGGGAAAGAAAAUGUGAUGAGGAAUGGAUCGGCCUCAAUAAAAUAAAGCUACCAAUUUUACUCAACUUUGCUCAAUGCAAACUUAUCAAGGGGGAAUACUAUGAUGUUAUUGAGCAUUGCAAUACUGUUUUAGAUUAUGAUGCAGAUAAUGAAAAAGCCCUGUAUCGAAGAGCUAAAGCAAAUGUAGGAGCGUGGAACCCUGAUGCAGCUGAAAAAGAUUUCAAAAGAUUAAAAACUUUAAAUCCAGAUCUUAUUCCUACCAUUGAUAAAGAGUUAGAAAAUAUCAAGCAGCUAAGAAAACAAAAGAGCGAAAAGGAUAAGGAAACUUUGAAGAAAUUAUUUGUUAAAGAAAAUGAAAGUUCAUAGCACCGUUGAAAGAACAAUAUUCCACUUUUAAAUAUUAUAAUAUUUAUUUCAUUAGCAAUACUUAUUAAUAGUAACUUUACUGGUGCUUAUUUUGUGUUAAUUUUAUUAUUUAUUAACUUUUAAAAAUUUCUAUCUGAACUGUUAUAUAUAAUUUUAUGUAUUACACGUCCAAAGUUACUAAAUUAUGUUAGUAGAAAUUAUAUCUAAUAUAAAAUAAUGUUAUCUGUA